GCUGCGGGAUCAGAGUCGGUGGGCUUGGGCUCAGCCUUCUUCUGGGAACGGUCGCACCAACCCUCGCUUCUCGUCCUCCGGGGACCCCCCGCCCCCCGGCACUCGUUCUUUGGGGGAUCUUGGGCUCUCCUUUCACCCCCAAGGCCGUCAGGAUGGUGUCCUGGAUGAUCUGUCGCCUAGUGGUGCUGGUAUUUGGAAUGCUAUAUCCAGCUUAUGCUUCCUACAAGGCUGUCAAGGCCAAGAACAUUCGUGAAUAUGUCCGCUGGAUGAUGUACUGGAUCGUCUUUGCAAUCUUCAUGGCGGCAGAGACCUUCACAGACGUCUUUGUCUCCUGGUUCCCUUUCUACUAUGAGAUCAAGAUGGCCUUUGUGCUGUGGCUACUCUCACCCUAUACAAAGGGGGCCAGCUUGCUGUACCGGAAGUUUGUUCACCCAUCCCUGUCCCGCCAUGAGAAGGAGAUCGACGCAUACUUAGUACAGGCCAAGGAGCGCAGCUAUGAGACGAUGCUCACCUUUGGGAAGCGGAGCCUCAACAUGGCUGCAUCUGCUGCUGUGCAGGCCGCCACCAAGAGUCAGGAUGCACUGGCUGGCAGGCUGCGGAGCUUCUCCAUGCAAGAUCUGCGCUCCAUCCCUGACACCUCUGCCCCCACGUACCAGGACCCCCUCUAUCCAGAGGAUGAGGUGCCCCGCCGAAGACCACCCAUCAGGUAUCAGGCAGGGGGCCUGCAGGACAGUGACACAGAGGAUGGGUGCUGGUCGGAUACCGAGGUAGUCCCCCAGCCACCUACGCGACCCCGAGAAAAGCCAUUGAACCGGAGCCAGAGCCUUCGUGUGGUCAAGAGGAAGCCGCCAGUCCGGGAGGGCACCUCCCGCUCCCUAAAGGUCCGGACACGGAAAAAGACCGUGCCCUCUGACAUGGACAGCUAAGGCCUGCACAGUCUGGCCCAGUCUUACCUCAUGCCCUGAAGGGUGCCGGAAGCAGUCUGCAGGGACCUCCGCUGCACAUCCGGCCUGCCUGCACCAGCCGCCUGAUUCCUUCAGGGCAGCCACUGGGAUGAACCCGCAAUGUACCAAAGACUUUGGACCCAUGGUCCUAUUUAUUGCCUUUCUUAACCUUCCACCUUCCCAGGUGUGGGACUAGAGCCCCUCAAAAACCUUGCUGAUGAAAUGAUUCCUUCUUGUCCUUCUAAGUACUUGACAGCCUUUUCCAAGGUCAAUGUGCGUGUCGCAGUUGUGUGUUUUGUGUUGGUGAAUGAAGUCAGGCUUGUGAACAUUUUGAUAAAUAAAUACAUAAAGAUA